GACUUCAAAAGUUAAGAAAUAUGAUUUAUCCUGUUUUAUAAUUUAGGAAGAUCUCCAACUCCUUCCCCCACUCGCGCUCGGUCCCAGGGAUCGGAGCGGCCCCCACUCGGCGGCGUCCACCGACGGAGGGGCAGUCCCAGGCUCGGCGGCGGCGUCAGCGGCUCCUCCUCCCGCCUGUCGCCAGUCGCCUCGCGCCCUCGCCUCCGUUCUCCGCGCACCGGCCGGCGACCCUGCGUACGCACCUCCCUCUCCCCUCCCGCCUCUGCUGUACCGUGGGAGCCCGGCCAGCUGCCCAGGGUGGCCGGGCCUUGGCUCCGCCGGUGACUCCAACGUUCAAGCAUGGGGCUACUGGCACUGCAGCGGCUCAUGUCCCUGCAGCGCGACCGGCAGCGGCGUCAACGACAAACCCGAACCCCAAUCCUGAAUGGAUGGAUUGCUGCUUCAUCACUGGGUAAAAGGAAGGGCUCUUCCUGUCAAAAAGAUGCUCAUGGUGAUUCUAAAGUUGCCAAAAGAAUGAGAUGCUCAAUCCCAGCCCUUCCGGAGGACAUCUGGCGCCAUAUACAUUCCCUAUUGCCACUGCGUGAUGCUGCCCGUGCUGCUUGCUUGUCUCACUCCUUUCUACGUUCCUGGAGGUGUCAUCCCAACCUCACCUUAAAUAUGCAUGUUCUUGGCUCAAAUGCAAAUGUACCUCGAGAGAAUUCCAGCUGCAUAAUUGACAAUAUCCUGAGGAAACACUCAGGCAGCCACAUUAACAUACUCAAGCUUCAGUUAUAUGGUAUUUAUGAUUCCUACCAGUAUCUGGACAGUUGGCUUCAGGUUGCUGUUACACCUGGGAUUGAAGAACUCACCAUUGAGCCAUGUCAUAGUAGAGUCAAAAUGAAGCAGAAUGUCCCAUGCAAAGUUUUAUCUUAUGGGGUCCGAAACUCAAUCCGGUGUCUUCAACUUUCCUUCUGCGCCUUCCAUCCCACAGCUGACCUUGGCCUGUUGAGAAACCUAACAAGUUUGUGCCUGGAGUCUGUGCAUAUUUUGGAUGAUGAGUUUGAGUGCUUUCUUUCUAACUCCCCUGCUUUAGAGCGGUUAGACGUCAAUAAUUGCUCAGAGAUAAUGUGCAUGAGGAUACCUUGCGUGCUGCUGCAGCUUCAUUGCUUAAAGGUUUCUUCUUGCUUGAAUCUGCGAGUGCUAGAGAGCAAAGCUCGAAAUCUAUCCAGUUUUAUUUUAAAUUCAGGAUGUAAUGUAAAAGUCUCACUUGGAGAAACAUUGCAAAUGAAGAGCCUUGGCAUGCGCCGUUCAAACCUCAUAUGUUAUGCCCGUGCCGAAUUUCCAUCCAAUCUGCCAAAACUUGAGUCUCUUUGCAUCAGUUCAGAUUCUGAGAUGGUCGAUACACCUAUGCUGCCUAGCAAAUUCCUCUUCCUCAAGCAUCUGCGUAUUUAUCUGGGAUGGGCCUUUUCCUCGGGCUAUGAUUUUUUUUCUCUGGUUUCUUUCCUUGAUGCUUCUCCUUGCUUGGAGAAUUUAUUGUUGAAUCUUCAGGUAUCCCAGCAUGCAUCGGUUUUUGAUGGUUCAUCACAGUUGAGGCAGAUGCCUGAACAGCACCAUGGCUGCCUCAAGAGUGUGAAGUUCAUAGGUUUUAAUUCAGAGAAGAGCUUGGUUGAGCUAACAUGUUAUAUUCUCAAGAAUGCCAAGUCACUUGGAUGCCUUACACUGGACACCACUUAUGGUGAUCCCAAGUGUGAUAACAAAAUAAUGACCGGUGGCAUGUGCGCUCCCAUGAAUAAAGGUUUUCUCAUGGAAGCCCGUAGAGGUGUCGCAGCAGUUAGAACAUACAUUGAAGAUAAAGUCCCGUCUACUGUUAAGCUGACAGUGGUGGAGCACUGUACUCGGUGCCAUGCUGAUAACUUAUCUGAAUAGGUUAGACUUGAUGAACCAUGCUUUUCUUUCUUGGAUAGCAAGGCCUGUUCAAUAUUUAUCACAGAUUCACAGUAGCUGUGUAAUAUUCCUAUAGAUGGAUGAACCAUGCUUUGUGUCUUGUGUUAUUGUACCCCUUCAAUUUGAGCGCUUUUUCUUUUAUUUAUUUAUUUAUUAAUUGUGGAGAUGAGCUGGGUUUUGUUGGUGGUGAUAAGCUGGCAUCCUACGUCGAUUUAGACAGAUGUUUGAAUGUUCAUGUUUGUGGUCAACAAAAAAGAAGGUGUUGUGGUUUGGUUGCUUAUAAACAAAUGCAUCGCAGCUAAUAUAAUUUGUGUAAUGGGAUGGAGAUAA